CGGGGCGGGAUGUGCCUGCCUGCGAUGACGUUUCCACUUUCCAACUUCCCAUUGUCCCGUUUCCGACAUGGCGUAGAGAAGAGGCAACGCAGCGGGCUGGCAUUGGAGCGGAAAAGUUGAUCAAGUACAGGGAUUUCGUUAUUUCAGUAGGUGGAUAUAUAAACAGUUGGAAGUUAUAACUGGGAUUCAAGCAAAGUUUCGGGUGCCCACUGAGUGUUGAAGAUGAUGUCUGAUGCCAGUGACAUGUUGGCAGCAGCCUUGGAGCAGAUGGAUGGGAUAAUAGCAGGUUCCAAGGCUAUGGACUACUCUAACGGGCUGUUUGACUGCCAGUCGCCCACCUCUCCCUUCAUGGGCAGCCUGCGGGCGCUGAACCUGCUGGAGGACCUCCGGGGCGUGCUGGAGCUGAUGGACACAGAGGAGAGGGAGGGCCUGCGCUGCCAGAUCCCUGACGCCACCGCAGACAGCCUGGUGGACUGGCUGCAGCAGGGACACCUGAUGUCCAAUGGUCACCACAUCUCCAUGGGUGGGGACCUCUACCAGGAGAGACUGUCUCGGCUGGAGGGUGACAAGGAAUCCCUGGUGCUUCAGGUGAGUGUGUUGACAGACCAGGUGGAGGCGCAGGGGGAGAAGAUAAGGGACUUGGACAUGUGUUUGGAUGAGCACCGGGAGAAACUGAACGCCACUGAGGAGAUGCUGCAACAGGAGCUCCUGUGCAGAACGGCUCUGGAGACUCAGAAACAGGACCUGAUGGCUGAGGUGUCCAACCUGAAGCUGAACUCAUCUGAGACGGACAGACUGCACUUUGACUUCAGCGACAAUGAGGACAUGGUUCUGGAGAUGAAUGAACUGAGGUACAGAGUGACUGAGAUGGAGAGUGAAAGACUACAGUAUGAGAAGAAACUGAAAUCCACUAAGUCAUUAAUGGCCAAGCUUUCUAGCCUGAAAAUCAAAGUGGGCCAGAUGCAGUAUGAGAAACAGAGGAAGGAAAACAAACUGCAGGCCCUGAAGGAGGAGCUGGCAAUGCUGAGGAGGCAUCUGGAGGGAAGAGACAGAGAGCUGAGGAGGUUACACGACGAGACUGGGUUCAGAGGCAUCACACCGGUUGGAAUGGACAGUGGAGACAGAGUCUCUCACCCAGAUGAAACUCUUAAAUUGAGGCUGAAAGAGAAACAUGUGGAAGUGCAGAGAAUGAAAAAAGCAGUGGAAUCACUGAUGGCAGCCAAUGAGGAGAAGGAUCGUAAGAUUGAGGAGUUGAGGCAGUCGCUGCUGCACUACAAGAAGGUCCAGGACAGGAGUUCAAUGCAAGGGGAGAAAGAGAGAACCCAAGACGGCGAGAGUGACGAGAGUAACAGCGACAGCUCCCUCUCCAUGAUGUCAACGACAACCGCCCUGGUUGCCAUGGAGUCGGAGAGGCACGCUCUAGCCGGAGACGAAGUUGCAGGGAAAAGCCCAGACGCGCUGGAGAUGCACUAUGGAGUUACUGAAGUGUCUUCGCCCACACCCAGCCCUUCAGUCCAGUCAGCAUGCGAUCCAAAAAGGGGGCCAGAGCUGGACCAACCUGAACCAGAGAGCGAGGCAGGGGGCCAGGAAGAGUCACAGCAGGCCCCCCUUUCAUGUGAUACUCCACAGACCCUGGAUAGCCCCAAUUCAGGGAGUCAGGACAACUUGUAUGUCAGCAACAGCGAAAAGAAUAAGGCUGUGGAGGAGAUCAGUAAGAUCAGCGAGCGCCCGCCCAAGUCUCCCUCUUCGUCUCACCCCGUGACCACGGAGGAUGACCGCUUCGGUAACAAGAAGGCUCGCUCCUCCUUCGGCCGUGGCUUCUUCAAGAUCAAGGGAGGCAAGAGGACAGCCAGCACCCCUAACCUGGAUCGCAGCCGGAGUGCGAGUGCGCCUAUGCUAGCUGAGACUGAGCGAGAGGAGGGCACUGACCAUCUGGACCUGGCCGGUCUACCCCAAAGGUCAGCCAACAGCGACAGCACCAACACACUGACAAGUGUAACCUCCACUACAUCCCCCGAGUGCAAGAAGAAGUCCAGGGGAAUCAAGGGGCUCUUUGGAAAGCUGAGGAGAAGUCAGUCCACCACGUUCAACCUGGAUGACAACCUAUCAGAGGCAGUCGAGUUCAAGAGAGGCGGAGUCCGAGCCACAGCAGGUCCCAGACUGGGCUGGUCCCGUGACCUACAGAGAUUACCCAAGAAUGACCUGGACACCCCGUUUGCCCGCUGGUCCAAGGAUCAGGUGUGUGACUGGCUGCAGGAGCAGGGGCUGGGGCUCUACCUGAACAUGGCCCGCGUGUGGAUCUCUUCUGGACAGACUCUGCUGCAGGGUUCACAGCAGGACCUAGAGAAGGAGCUGGGCAUUAAACACCCGCUGCACAGGAAGAAGCUCCAGCUGGCCCUGCAGGCCCUGGGCUCUGAGGAGGAUGACAACAAGGGCAAACUGGACUACAACUGGGUGACCAGGUGGCUGGAUGACAUUGGCCUGCCUCAGUAUAAGACCCAGUUUGAUGAGGGGAGGGUGGAUGGCCGCAUGCUGCACUACAUGACAGUAGAUGACCUGCUAUCUCUGAAGGUGGGCAGUGUGCUCCACCACCUCAGCAUCAAGAGAGCCAUUCAGGUGCUGCGCCUCAACAACUACGAGCCCAACUGCCUGCGCCGACGGCCCUCCGACGAGAACAACAUCACCCCGGCAGAGAUCUCCCAGUGGACCAAUCACAGAGUGAUGGAGUGGCUGAGAUCAGUGGACCUGGCAGAGUACGCCCCCAACCUGAGGGGCAGCGGCGUUCACGGGGGACUCAUGGUGCUGGAGCCACGGUUCAAUGUGGAGACCAUGGCCCUGCUGCUGAACAUUCCCCCCAACAAGACCUUGCUGCGGAGGCACCUGGCCACCCACUUCAACCUGCUAGUAGGCUCUGAGGCCCAGGGGCUCAAACAGGAUUGUCUGGAGAAUCCCGACUACACCCUGCUCACCGCCACCGCCAAGGUCAAGCCGAGGAAGAUGUCGUUCGGGAGCUUCGGCAGCCUGAGGAAGAAGAGGCAGGAUGACAGUGAGGAGUAUGUCUGCCCCAUGGACGUGGAGAUGCCAAAGGGACGUAGCUUCCAGAAAGGCUAUGAGCUUCAGCUCUACGAGGACGACAUUGACCGGAUGGAGGACUCAGAGGGAACUGUGAGGCAGAUCGGAGCUUUCUCCGAGGGCAUCCAAAAUUUGACGAGCAUGCUGAAAGACGAUGAAUUUUUCAAAGAGAUCUCCAACUCACCCAACCCCAGCAUAACAGAUGACGAUUCCAACAUGUGACGCUGACCGUCGCCAUGUGACCCUGUUCCCUAGUGCCGUUGUGAACGAAACAGUCUCCACUAGCAGACCAGGAUUCAAAUACUAUUUGAAAUCAUUUCAAAUGCUUCAGCUGUGCUUGUUUGAGCUUGCCUGUUGGAAUACAAUGGGAAGAGAAAAGUCAGCCCAUCUAGCACUCCAGGCAGGCUAAAGCAAACGCUCAACGGAUUUCAACCCGGGUCCUCCACCAGCACACACUCCAGACUCCACCGUAACCCCUACAACCCUCGCAGAGCAAGCACCAGAUCUCCUUUUAGUAUUUUAGAUGAGGUAUAAAAAAAAAUCUAUAUUUUAAAGAAAUUCAAGACCAUGUCUGAUGUCAUGUGAACUGACACCCUCCUCUGUUUUUGUAAGGUGUCAAUCCAUUUUAACUGACCUAUUGGGAGAGGAUUUAUUUCAGAGCAAUACGCCACCAUAGUUUGCCUACCAGCUGGAUACUGGAGACAUUUGUAAUCCUUGUUUGUAUACUGGACAUCUUUCUGUGGAAUUAAGUAUUAAAGUGAGCCAUAUCAAUAUCUGAUACUUUUUUACAGUAACAUGUACUGUAGGACUAUUGCAAAAUCUAAUAUAUAAUUUUAAAGAAUAUGUUUGGCUUUUGAACGAAGUUACUGUCUGUAGAAAAAUAAUGGUGUAUGCUGUGCAGAUUUGCCCAAGUUAAGUGGUAUGCCCAUAAAAAAGUUGAUAAGGUUUAUGCAGAAAACCAGACUAUUAGCUGCAUAAUUUCUAUACUUUCAACAUAUCGCGCCAUAUCCUAGACACUCCCGGUAAUGGUGUUUCUUUGCAUGCAUUGGCACCGAUACUGUAUGUAUUUUAGUACAAUACACAGUUCAAUGCAAAUGGUUCCUGUUAAGUGUCAUCAUUGCAUAUUAUUGAAGCCUUUCUUGUAGCCAAAAUGUUGUACACCUGCCAACAGAAGACAGACUUUGUUUUAUCAUUGUACUGAGAACUAUUCUUAAACAUUGCCAAAUAGCAUAGUUAUUUUCCGAGUAUUGUAGCUAGCCUGGGUGCCUGUCUGUUUCUGCUCUCGUGCCAACUCUUAUGGAAUUGUCAUGCCAAACAUAUUGUUUGGAGUGAAGAGGAGUUGACAAGAGAGUAGGAAGUGACUGGCACCCAGGCUACAUUGUAGCAUGUUGAGAGAGCUGAAGCAAUGCAAGAAUGUCUCAAAAGCAAAGAUACUAUUAUGGAACGCCCUAACCACAUGACAAGAAAGUGUAUACUGUGUACUGGUUGAGGUUUUACCCAUUUCUAAGGUUAAUAAAGUAAUUUAAACCAA